GUCGUCUCGUGCUCCUCGCCGUGUCGAAUCAAGUUCGAGUCGACUCGAGCCGUCCAGCGUCGCGCUUCAUGUCGUCGCUGACACGAGUCUCCGAUUGAACAUGGAAACCCAGUCGACUCUACGUGAAGAUACCCGAGUCUAAAGUGAUUUGGUUCUCGCUGCAUUUCCAAACCCUUUUACCCCCCCAAGUUGUGACGACGAGAAAUUGACGGAGUGCGGGCUUUCGUAAUACUUUAGACGAGUUCUGUCGUUGUUGAUAAGGUAACAGAGGUGCCUUGGUUGAUUGUUUUGGGGUGUGAAGUGUGUUCGCCCGGCUCUGGGCGUGAGUGUCGUUUGCCGGUGUGCGUGCGUGGUGGCCUCGUCUGACAUGGAGUACCCUUGAACCUUCGCGAGUCCGUUCUCCAGCCCACCCAGGUACAACGUGAAGUUGUCGCGAGCUCGGCUUCGACCUCUUGUUACAACGAGAUUGUGCUUGUAGCGAGCUGCGCUCCACAUCAUGUCGGGAGUUUGCGCCGCCAACGAAGAGACGCCUGUUGCUCAGGACAUGCACAAUGGCGACCUCCAGCUGACCAACGACCUAUCCGCUGCCACCGAGGACGAGACCAUGGAGUCCCUAACGGACAACACGGCCGUUGGAGCCCCUCCGCCCUCUCACGAGGCCCUAGCGGGCGUCGUGAACCUCGCCUACGUCGCCAACCGGGAUCAGACGGAUGCCAAACCGGAGCAACGCCAUUUACAGAACUGCAACGACCAGAAGCCCCCUGUCCUGGACAGGAACCACGAUGACGCCCGCAAUCAGAACCACAGGUCGACGCCGGCCACGCGGAAGGCCCCCGCGCACAACGCCCAGAAGAGUCUGGAGGAGGAGAAGAACGCCGUGAACCAGGCGCACAACGGCAAGAUCCUCAACCAUCACCACAACCACAGCAACCAUCACCACCAGAUCCAGAUCCCCGACGACGCGGUGAUCAACUACGACACGGCGAGGCUUCGAAAGUCCUUGCAUCGCGGCGACAAGGCCGACAUGGUGGCCCUGGACGUCUUCGCGGACUCCACCAAAGCCCAGGAGGCGCUCAUGUGCGUGGCCAACGGCGGCGCCGGCAGCGGAGGAGCUCACCCUCAGGCCGUUCCCGUUUCUAGUCCCUUGACGAGCUGCAGCGCCGACAACGGAACCAAGAUGUUCGAGGAGUACUUCAUUCCCGUCAACACGCACAAAAAGUUCCUCCGAGGCGAAAAACUGUAUUUAACGAAAGAGAAGAGAAAAGUGUGCUCCGGUUGGAAGCGAAUGUUUUUCUGCUGCCUGCUCCUGGUGAUCCUAGGCAUCGCUCUUCUAGUGGGUGUACUGGCAGCAACUGGGUUCCUGCUGAGUGAAUCUAAGUCCUCUCCAAAGUCCGUGGUCCGCGUGGACCCCAGCUCUCCGAGCAUGUCCGCCUCGACGCUCAAGGGCGCACCCCAGCCAAAAGAAACAAAUGCCCCUCCUCGGAAACCUCCUCCGCCGUCACCUCCUGUCAUGGUCGUUCCUCCGGUAGCCCAGACCACACGACCCCCUCCCCGUCCCACCACUACAACACCCACUACCACCACCGCCACCCCUUCGACGACGACUCCGACCACACCUGCCACCACUACCACAUCUACAACGACAUCAACCGCCGUGCCUGUCACCACAGUGCCCUCCAUCACCGCAGCACCUUCCAGCACUACCACCUCCACCCCAGUCACGACAACGACAGAGUCCACUAUCGCUUCCUCCGCCGCUACAACUGUUCAAAUGGCAACAAGUGCGGCAACCACAACGGACAAGAUGCUUUCAAGGUCGGAGUUGGCCGAGAUGGACCCAGUGUCGACUACGACGACUGAAUCGACGUCGGUAUCGACUCUGCUGGGUGUGUCGUCUGCAACAACGACGGAGUCGUCUGAUGAUUUUUCUCUUACGACGAUACCAUCGUCCGAUACGUUGGCGGUGGCGUUUGAAACGACGACAAUGUCGUCUGAUACGGCGACGACCGCUCCCGAACCAACAACAUUGUCACCUAAUGUGGCGGCGGUCUUGCUUGAUGCCACAACGGUCCUGCCCGAUACGACAAUAACGUCGUCGCCUAAUGCAACAGAGACGUACACUACAACAACGGAACCAUCGGUUGCGACCACGGUAUCGGAAACAGGGUCGUCGGCUACAACGACAGAAUCGUCGGCUACCACCACCUUGUCGUCUGCGCUGCCAUCGGAGCAAACGACAGGUACACCAACCGUGAACGACGAUACGACGACCAAUAUGAUGGGAACAGAGACACCGACAACCAGCCCCGAGUGGCGGAUGCCUUCUGGUCUCUUGCCGGUUUCAGUGCCAAACGCCGUUCUAGGAGAGCUCACGCUUCCAGACGAAAUUUUCAAAGAUUCUCUCAACAACAUCUCAUCCUCCGAAGCGAAAUCCCUCACGAACGAGUUAAAGGACGGGAUUGAAGGUAUUCUCAGAAAAGGCGGCUAUCGAUUUGAAACGAUAGACAUCUUGAAAUACAGGCGAGGCAGCGUGGUGGUCUCCUUCGUGGUGGUCAGCGGAGACCGAUACCUGCCGGCCAACAAGGUGCAGGAGACCAUCCGAACGUACGUCGCCAGCAACGGAGGCACUCUGGGCAGCAAGACCGUCGACCUGAACUCGAUCGUCGCGCUGGACGCGACAAACGAGUGCAAGCUCGACAACGGAGAUUGCGUGAAGAGCUCGUGUGAGUGGGACUACCUUAGCGGCAGCAAGUCCUGUGUGUGCUUGCCCGGAACCACCAGGCUCAGCGCGACCGCUUGCACCCUACCAGCCACCGUGCCUCCCGGUGUACCUGCAACAGACGUUGACGAAAGCACGACCUCGCCAACGUUGCCAGAGACAACGAGAGCGGCUCCGACUACCACGAGUUUGACGACUGAGGCUGUUACGACCGCUGACAGGACUUCUACGACCUUACAAGACGCAACGCUCGCCCGAACGGAAACACUCAUGACUGAUGUCCCUACAACGGCGACGCCUUCGACGACCACGGUCACUGAAGCCACCACCGUCUUUGCAACCACAGAAGUCGCAAAUACGUUGCCGGCUUUGACCAAAGAGAACACUGAUGGCACAACCACAACUUCUCUUUCGGGCGUCACGACAAUAACUACCGAUGAAACACUUGUUGUCUUCAACCUUACGACGACCGGAGCCACGACAGAUGGAUUCGCAACAGAAACAUCGACGGCGGUAACAACGAUGGUGACGACACCAGGAACCGAGCCAAAUUCAACGUUUAUGACUGUUGAACCCGUUCCCACGACGUUCGCAUCAAACUUUACAACUGUAUCUGAUCAAGCGACGACGGUGGCUAUGUUCAUCCCAGAGAACAGUACCAGUGGAGCAGAAAAUCCAAGUGAAGGUACCAUGUCUAGUGUUUUGGGUUCAACGACCACUGAAGGCAGUGUCUUGAAUUUCACUUUGGGAUCAGAACUUCAAAACGACACCACAACGUCGGAGAUCGAUACGACAACAAUAUUUAUAAUGACAACUGGUAUGAACCUAAAUUCAACGGUUGACGUUGUUGAGAUGACCACCUCAAACUCUUCUGCGGCCAGCGCCAACGACACUUGGAUGACCACGCUGUCUCCUGUGCUUGGAGUGUCGUUCGAUGUGAGUACAACUACCGAGAGCAACGCCAACAGCAGCGAAAGCUUCGGAACCAUACCUUCGAUUAUGGUACACUCGCAGGAACCAGCAGCCACCGAGGAACCGACCACAGUGAUCAGUUCAUCGCUGGCGAAUACCACAGCAACCUCCACCGUCAACAGCACGGAAACUGUCACAACCGAAAUGUACUCCAUCUUCAGAGAUACCGGCGAAGACUUUGGAAACAGUACAGACCAGAGCAUUGACAUGAACUCUACCAUGUUGGUUCUCUUCAACUCUACUCUGAUGGACACGAACGAGACCAUCCUGAAUGUCACCGUCUCCUCCACAACCGACUCCCCACUGAACUCAACAGCCGGGCUCGAACUGACAACUCUGUUCAACAUGACCGAAAGCACGACGUUGCCGGCGGACCUUACGAACAGGACCGACACCCACCCCAUGUUCGGAAAUUCGACCAUCGACGAGAUGGAUCCCGAGGUGAACGUGAGCAACCGGACUUACUCCAUGGGGAGGAACCUGACCUUUAUGAACAACAAUACGCUCUCUGAUGACGGCGUGGAAGUGGUCAACGGCACUCUCGACGCCUGGAACAUGACAGCCAACGGGACCCUACUCAACACUGGAAACUUCUCCUUCUCUGGCGACGACGACAUGAUGGCUACGGAAGGCGUCAACAUGACCCACCACGGAGAGUCCACGAUGGACUUCCUCAACGAGACCAUAGCCAACACUACGGACGACGUGUUCAGGACCCUUUGCUCUUCCGAGGAAUUCUUCUGUUCCGCCGAGACGAGCCACACUUGUUUGAAGAAAGAGCUGCUGUGCGACCAGUUUGAAGACUGUCCUGGAGCGUCGGACGAGGAGAACUGCACGGAAUCGUGCGGAACCAACUUUGAGUGUUCUGAUGGUACCUGCGUCAUGGCAUCGGCGAAGUGUGACGGCAUUCGGGACUGCCCCAAUGGUGAAGACGAAGAAAGCUGCGUGAUUGUAGACACCCAGUGUACUGACCUCGAAGUCAUGUGCCCGGACAGCAGUGCCUGCAUCAAGCCCCUGAGUCUCUGUGACGGAAUCUACAAUUGCAGAGACCGCAGCGAUGAAAGUGGCUGUGUGGACAAGACACUCUGCGAGCAGUCCAACAAGUUCUAUUGCGGUGACAAGCUGUGCAUCUCGUCGGCACUGAGGUGCGACGGACAUCCGGAUUGCAAAGAUGGGGAGGACGAAGUCAACUGCACCUGCGAUGAAACCCAGUUCCAGUGCAUGAACGGAUACUGCGUGUCGAAGGCCUCCGGACCUGUACGCUGCAACGGCGUUCUGGAUUGUGCCGAUGGAAGCGACGAGCGCGGAUGCGUAAAAGUGGACACCAACGGCGUUGUCCACGUGCUCGACGGAAGCACAAACUCGUGGGUACUGAUGUGCGCCGACAACGCCACACUUCACGACGGUCAUCAAAUCUGCCAGGAGAUGGGGUACAGCCACGCAGUUUCGACCGACGUGAUGAGAGUCGAUGCGAACACGACGGCGUGGGCGUCUUGGAUAUCGUCGGGAACAGAAGGCGACACCUGGAGCGGGGGAGUCGUCUCCUUGGAGUCGUGCAACGACGGAGCCUUUUCCGUCAAGUGCCAUCACUUCGAGUGCGAAAACCAAACGGAGGUGCUGUUCCGGAUUGAACGCGAGGCCACGGCCCAGUCGUCGCACAGCGAGGUCUGGCCGUACCUUGCUCUCAUCUAUGGAGAAGGCUCGGACUUUGCGUGCCAUGCAGAGAUCGUCAGUCCUUUGUGGCUGCUCACGACUGCACACUGCCUCCAGCAGCUUCCCCAGAACGCCUCCCUGCUGUACGCGCAGGCCGGAUUUGCCAAAAUGUACAACACCACCGAGAGGCAUCCGGUGAAGAGUGUGGUGCUCCACCCACACUUCUCCCAGUUCCGCUCCAAGACCCUCCCGGACUACGACCUGGCGCUCGUCCGGCUGAAGGACCCGCUGGCCUUUGCAAGCCACACGGCAGCCGCCUGUCUGCCGGACGACGUAGUCCGUCCGGGCGUCACCUGCUUCGUCGGCAGCUUUGGCGAUGGCCGGCCGCGCGUUCCCUUCAUGAAGGCACAAUCCAUCAUUCACCUGCCCGUGGUGAUCAAUGAACUGGCGACCUGCAACAACGAUGAACACUAUAAAGAGGAUGUGAGCCAGCAGAUGAUCUGCGGCGACGGACGCAAGAUGAAGCGUCAGCUGUGUGAUAGCGACAUUGGAGCUCCUCUCAUGUGCCUGUCUCCCAACAACAUCUGGCGUCUGGCAGGCAUCCUAAGCUACCAGCGGCAUUGUGGCACCUACCGCAAGCAUCCGUCGGUGUUCUCCAACAUCUUCGAGAUGCGCGAUUUUAUUGACAACGUCACGGGACUCAAGUCGUACAACGUGACCCAUGACCCGCUGCUCUACACGCUGGUCGAAUUCCCGCAAGGCGACGACAGCAGCAAUGCGACGGCCGAGCUUCGGUCCUACGAACCCGACAAGGUGCUGGGUUCGGACCGCAAUGCAUCGUCAGCCGUCGCAGCAGCCCUGUACUCGCACGAGAACAUCUUCGGCGGCAACUUUACGGACGUCAACGAGACCGUCUCGGAGGUCUACAAGAUCUCGGAGUUCGUUUCCGGACCGAACGCUACAAAUGCUUCGGCCGUCUACAACGCAACAGAAAGCGACGUCGAAACGACGACGGCAGCGGCGGCGGCAGCGACCCUCGGCCUUGACGCAGCACUUAGAGAAAUCGACCUGUCAGAGUCGACGACGGUCAGCGUUCCAUCGACGACGGAAACUUCGACGGAGAGCAUCGGAUCGCCGAGGCUGAUGGAUUCGGACGCAAGCGUGGAUGUCGGCGUGACAGCCGUGGACGUUAAUACAACAGUCGUGGAUGUUAACAUGACGGUGGUGGACGUUAACAUGACGGUGGUGGACGUUAACGUCACCACUCAAACAAAUGGUGCCCAAGCUGGCAAUGCCACUUUAGGCCGGCUCGAGCACAUGAUAGCCGACAGCAUCGUGACCAAUCGCAGCGAAAUGGUGCUCGCGUCGCACGAACGAAAUGACGCGGAAGAAACAACGUCCGUUCCAUCUUCGACGGCAACAUCCAUUCCAACUUCGACGACAACGAACGGAGAAAGUUCGAGCACAACUAUGACACCUGCGACGACCGUAAAACUGCUCGCUGCUUUACCCAGCAACGUAACGAGCGAAAUGAGGGCAGUGAAUGAAAGCUCUACUUUGGCUCCCGCUACAACUGAAGCCACCGAAGCAACAACAACGCUCGAGAAGGCACGCUCGGACGACGAAUCGGAGGGAAAAAUCAACUCUACGGAAACGUUGGGGGCUACACCGUCUGCAACCACUCCCGUGCCAUUCCAAGAAACUACACCCUUCUCGUCCACCUUGCAGCCUGCAGCCACCACAGAAAUGACGGUGAAUGACACAGUGUUUCUAGAGCCUCGCCGAAGUUCUAAUGGCACAGAGUGCAUGGGCUUCGAAUGCAAAUACGAUAAACGUUGUAUAGAAAAAACGCUUGUUUGCGACGGCUCGUACGAUUGCGUCGAUGCCAGCGACGAGACCAGUUGCAUUCGUCUCGACGAGGAAACUCGAGCGAGAAUCCGCGGAGGGGAUUGGACCCCCAUCUGUGGUGAAGCUUGGAAUGAUACUUUCAGCGACUUUGUCUGCCAAGAGGCUGGCUAUGGCAGGGCAUCUGAGACAACCAUUAUUGCUUUGGACUCACCAUACGAGACGUCUUUGACAUAUGAUGGCACCCUCAUUGAUGAACAGAACCACAGGCUACUUCAUUUUCUGAAGCCCAAGAACGGAACGUGUGUUACCAAAGUCGUGGUCAAGUGCAUGGAAUUCCAAUGCGGUUCCUGGGACUCCGCGGACAGAAAUGCGUCCACGUCCAACACGGCAAACGGCACGGUCAUCCACGCCGGAGAGAAACGGUGGCCGGCGAUAGGCCUCUUGACGUCGAACGACGGGCAGUGCAUCGCCAGCGUCCUCUCGCCUCAUUGGCUCCUGACUUCGUGGUCAUGCAUGUCCAGAAGCACUCGUGGAAGCGAGGCAAGCUCCUGGGUCCUCACGCUACAGCGACCGGCUGGAAAGGACCCUUACGCGUCGUUCAACUACUCCAUCGGCGCCGUUUUACCCAGCCCCGUGUCCAACGCCACAGACCUGGCCCUUGUAAGAGUUCAAAGCACGCUGGAACUAGGGGAUGGCAUCGAGGCGAUUUGUCUCUCCGAAAAAAAACCCGAGCAAGGACAUCUGUGCGUCACGGCAGGCUGGCCCCGCAACCAGUCAGAUCACACAAACCACCUGAGCUUUAUGCCUGUAUCCGUCGUCCCGUGGUCAGUGUGUGAGGACAGCAACGCCACGGGACUGCGUACCGGGGACGGCAGCGCUUGUGCAAGUUUCUCGGAGAAGGAAAAUGCGCUGUGCCAGAAGGGAAGCGGAGCUCCGCUGAUGUGUUUCGGCGAACACGGGCUUUGGAAGCUACACGGUGUCUCUGCGUCAUCGUCCGUUCGGCAAGCCUGUUCAGUCGACGACGCUUCGCUGUCCGUCGCCUACACGCUCGUCGACUCUGUGCUACAGUGGGCCAAGGACACGCUCGCACGCUAACCCUCGACAACGCUUUCCCUCUGUCCGCCGCACCUUUACCCACGACCAAGAGCAAAAGAAACAAACUGUGAUAGUUACCGUUUUUUUUACGUGCGAAUAUGUGUACUGCGUGCUAGUGUUGCAAGACGGAGCAGCCACAGAAGUCAAGUGGGUGAGGGUGGCGGUGUGUGAAAGUGAUCGAGGGUGCCACAUACACAGAAACACUCGCGAAAGUGCCUGCUGCAAGUGUGCCGCCAGUUUUGAGUGCACGUUCUGACUGGUGUUCCCACGGAGGACUCUUCAGACAAUCUCUCGUGCGGUGUCAUCUACUCGCGGGUGCAGAGGUUUACUUUUCAGGCGUGGUUUCUCGGCGGAACUUGGUUCGAUAGUCCUUUUACAUGGCAAAGUCGCCAAGCGAGUGCUAUGUGCCGACGAGAACGGACGACGUCCGCAUGGAAUCCAGUGUCUGAACUCUCGACUGCAUAGAAACGGGAACUUUGGUCGCCAAGUGUUUUUUUUUUCUUUCUUCUAUUUACCUGGUCCUGCACAUGCCGAAGCCUUAUCUGAAUUUUAAUUUGAGAUGCAUGUUUUUGUGUCCGACCAGUGAAGUCCCAAUUGUUUUUCUGGUGGCCUCCUCCCUCCCACCUGUCCCCGGAAUCCUUUGGAGUGCGUGCAGUUUUAGACCACUCCCGUUAUCUGGAGGUUUGGAGUGUCGGGAAGGGGAGAGAAACUGUUCCGUGGAUGUUUUGUUUCGUGUCGGGGGACGUUAUCGUCCGUCGUUGUGUGGCAAUGCUGGUUCGAGCCACGUGCAGCGCAUGUCGGCUUGUGUGUGUCUGUCUGUAAUCUUGCAAGAAUGCUUUUGUCACCUGCUGAAAAAAAACGGACACUGUGCGCCAACCUGCGGUCUCGAUAAUCCCGGGACAAAAAACUGACGCCGUGUUAUCUGGCCUCGGCAGAGAUUUAAUCCAGACUUCUCGUUCAGUUUGGGCUCCUGAGUGACCUGGUGAUAGUCAAGAUGCUGAAACUUUUUUUUUUGCAAAAGAAAAAUGUGGGCGUCAUUUCGUCCUAGGUUCAUUCAGCUGCGAAGAUGCCGACGAGUUCACUCUUAGUAAAAGCUCGUGGCCGUCUUUUUCGUUUACAAUUUUGUGCGAGUGUUCUUUUUUAAUCUAGGCAAGUUUCAUUUUUAGGAUAUUUAUAUAAGCUAUUUUAUUUGUAACAAGCAAGUCCCUCUAUCCUUUCUGUGAUUUCGUCUGGGGAUGACCAAUCGUUAAACACAAACGAGAAAAGCUUUUUUUUUUUUUUCCCCUCUGACGAACCGUGACCUAGGAAGCUGUAAAUGCUGUUCUGACCAAAUCCACUAAUAAACAAAGUGUGGAAAUCCAGUAAA